CACGGCCCCUCUCCCCAAUUCUCUCUCCCCUUUCUUUUUUCCUGGCUUCACCUUCACAGCACCCUUUUGUGCUCUUCCGCAGGAUGUCCUCCACCACCGCUCGCGCCGACUUCGAGGCGGUCUUCCCCGCCUUGCGCGAAGACCUCCUGAACUACGCCAAGCAGUACAAGCUGCCCCAGAACGCCCUCGAGUGGUUCGAGAAGGUCCUCGACGUCAACGUCCCCGGCGGAAAGCUCAACCGUGGUCUCUCCGUCCCCGACACCGGCCUCGCCCUCCUGAAGAAGCCCCUGACGGAUGAGCAAUUCAAGCACCUCAGCCUGCUGGGCUGGCUCACGGAGCUGCUCCAGGCCUUCUUCCUGGUCAGCGACGAUAUCAUGGACAGCUCGAUCACGCGUCGUGGCCAGCCCUGCUGGUACCGGCACGAGGGCGUCGGGCUGAUCGCCAUCAACGAUGCCUUCCUCCUCGAGUCCGGCAUCUACAUCAUCCUCAAGAAGUACCUCCGCUCUCACCCGGCGUACAUCGACCUCGUCGAGCUCUUCCACGAGACCACCUUCCAGACCGAGCUCGGCCAGCUCUGCGAUCUGAUCACCGCCCCCGAGGACAACGUCAACCUUGACAACUUCUCCAUGGAGAAGUACAUGUUCAUCGUCACCUACAAGACCGCCUACUACAGCUUCUACCUCCCCGUCGCCCUUGCCCUGCACUACCUCCAGCUCGCCACCCCCGAGAACCUCAAGCAGGCCCACGACAUCCUCAUCCCUCUCGGCCAGUACUUCCAAGUCCAGGAUGACUACCUCGAUGCCUACGGUGACCCGGCCUUCAUCGGCAAGAUCGGUACCGAUAUCCAGGAUAACAAGUGCUCGUGGCUCGUCAACCAGGCCCUGCAGCGGGCUAGCGAGGACCAGCGCAAGGUCCUCGAGGUCGCCUACGGUCGCAAGGACAGCGAGCUCGAGGCCAAGGUCAAGGCCAUCUACCGCGAUCUGGAUCUCGAGAAGGUCUACAAGGAGUACGAGGAGACGAUCGUGGGUGAGAUCCGCACCAAGAUCGCCGCCGUCAACGAGUCCGACGGUCUGAAGAAGGAGGUCUUCGAGGCCUUCCUUGGCAAGAUCUACAAGCGCACCAAAUAGACACUUCAUUUACCCUUAAUCUGGAGGAAAGAUACCCCUGCCCCGCCGCCCGCCUCAUCAUCUCUCUACAUAGUGCCUAGUGCCCUACAUACCAUACCCCUUCGAUAUAGAUUAGUUAAUUGACUGAGAC